AUGCGUUGUAAGUCUGUCUCCCUUCACUAUAUUCCUAUGUCCUAUUCCUACGCCCUCAGCACUUUGCUGCUCUCUCUAACGCCAAACCACUGCCUCAAAGCCGUCAACUUUGCUAUGCCCAUGGCCAAGACCAAGCGAAUGGCCAAAAAGUCACAUGGUGGCUUAGCACCGUGUGUCAAUCUUCGUGGUGGCGCCAGUACAGCGCCAGGGACAGAGGAGAUGGAAGUUUGCCCUGAGUUCCAGCACAAUGAAUACUGCAUCGUUUGUCGAGACGGAAGCAUCGAGGAGCACCAGCUCUUUCUGUGUAACGGACACAUAUUACAGUGA